GUGCGGCUGGGUUUUCCCGUGUUCCCUUGCGCCGGUCGGGUCCGGCGGUGCCCGCAGCGUGUUGAAGGCGAACAUUUCAAAGUUGUUUGCUGGAACUCUUACUGGGCACAGGACAGUCGCCUUUGAUGCCCGGUGCGGCAGACAGGCAGAGUCUGCGUGAUCUCGGCAGUGACUGGCCUUGUAGAGAAAUGGAUGAGCUGGUGCAAGAUCUAGUCUCCGCUUUGGAGGAGACUUCAGAGCAUACACGAAAGUAUGCAGAUUUUGAAGAUGAAGCCUCCCGUAACUCAGCUUCAUGCCUACUGAUGCGACAGGCUAGGAAAAGGAGAGUCAGGAAGAGACGAAUGGACAUUGGACAUCAGUUCUGGGAAUAUGGCCACUGCAUGAGUGACGUCUCUGAGUCUAGCCUGGAGGGGGCAAUUCGUGACUACAGAGAAAAUAACAAUUACAGUGAUUCAGAUGACCAUCUCACAGUUGCUAAGCGUCUGUCCUCCCUGAACGUGACAGCAAUCAGAGGGAAAAGACACUCCUGGCAUGAGUCAGACUCCAUCACUGACAGUAACUCAGUUGGUAGAUCUUUGCGAAGGAGAAGGAAGGUCAAACGUAUGGCUGUAGAUUCACCAGCAGAGGUCACUAAUACACUUCACCCACUGACCCAGGGCAAAGUUCCAGCAACAACCCCAGAAAGACACCAGGCACAAACAAACCAGCUCCAUUUCCAUCUCCAAGUCCAGGAGAUAACCAAGGACAAGAUCAUCAAGCGAAAGCGACUGGAAGUCCCAGAUGAAGGAGUUGUCGUGGAAAGUGAAGAAAUAUGCAAUACAAAUAGAGACAAAAUGGAGUAUGAGGAGCAGAAAGUCUCUGAUGAUAGCAUGAGUGACAGUGAAUCCAGCAGCCUCAGCAGCAGUGACGGUGGCUUGUUUACCAAUGAUGAAGGAAGGCAAGGUGAUGAUGAACAAAGUGACUGGUUCUUUGAGGGGGAAUCUGGUGGAGCAUGUGGUAUUGCAGGGAUCAUUCCCUGGUGGGAGCAUGAGGACGUCCUGGACCUGGAAAGGGAACUGCCAGAUCCGGUAUUUGAGGGCAUCUUAACAGGCACGUUCCCUCUCAUGUCGCAGACGGCCCAGAGAGGUUUUCAAGCAAGGCUAUCCCAACUGUCUGGAAUGGGAAACAGAAAUGGCAGGAAAGGAUCUAGGAAGCUUUCCGCAAAAAUUAAUGACCCUGAGCCUGGCAGUAAUGAGAGUCUUGUCCAGUUUUCCCAGGAACCCCAUCACCAGGAUCUUUGGUUUUGCCCUACAGCCGGUGAGGAUCACAGCCAGUUUGGUUACCUACAAGAAGUCCAUGAAGACAGAACAUCCAGAAAAAGCAACAGAUUACAAGCACCUAGUGGACAAACAAACGCUCACUUCGGAUCACUGUGCACAGGAGAUAUCAAACGCAGACGAAGAGCUGCACCUCCAGGACCUGUGGCUGCAGUAUUUGUAGGUGAAAAUGCCCGUCCUAUUCCAGAAACCAACAUUGGUAGUCGGAUGCUGCAAACCAUGGGGUGGAUUCCUGGCACAGGCCUUGGACCAAGUGGCAACGGGGUUGCUGAACCCAUUAAAGCUUUAUGGCGACCGAAAGGGGUUGGACUUGGCUUCUGCUGACAGGCAGUUAUUCAGCUCAAUAGAAACAGCACAGUUCAAUGGAAACAACUUCACUAGCCCUUGCUCAAGAAAGCUUAAAACAUCAGUAUAUAUGGUGACAAAUGAACACCUUGAUAAUGUGAUUGUUAAUUGUGUUUUGAAAUCAACACAUUUGCUUCUGAGCAGGGUCAAUGUUGAUUUACUGUAUUAAUUGUAAUGAAGGUUUCCAGAUAUUAAGAAGUGAAUUUAAUCGUUGUACAUUGAUGCACAAGUUCAAAGGUUUUUGCAGGCAAUAAUUCCAUUUUAUCCAAAGUGUGGUGUCUGAAAGUAGAGGCUACAGAUUUGAAUUUAUUGUGAAAUAUGGCAGUGCAAUGCCUCUUCCAAUCCCCAUAAUAUGAAUAUCUCUGUAUGAUUUGUAAGUUUGUCAUUAUGUUACCACUGCUGUGCUUCAAUUGAAAAGAUGAUGAAAUAGAUGUUUAGAAAUGUGAUAACAGUUCUGCAAGAAGCAACUCGGUGCAAGCAGUUCAGAAAUGAUUUUCAGUGGUUGCAUAUUAUCUGUAAGCCUAUUGUUUGUUUUUGUUGAAGUAAAUUUAUUUUAAAUUCAACAUUCUAUUUCUUUAAUGUCCAAAAAUAUCAUGUACAUUUUCCAGGAGUGAAAGGAUUUCAUUAGCACGACAAACAAAAUGUCCUUGAAUAGAUCCCAAAGUAUUAAAUAUACUAUUUUCUAAAUACACUAUACCUUAAAUUCCAGUUGGUGUGUAAAUUUCAGGAUUUUUUUUAAUCUAAUAUUCUGUCUUGCUACAUCUUUUACACAUCAAAAGUCAGCCCUAUAUUACAGUGACAAACUUUAGUAAGGUCUCAGUGCUCAGCCAUAUUGGAAUGAACAGUGAAUAUUGUUGUGAUAAUAAUAAGCACUCUCAUGCUUUAUUCUGUUAAAAGAAAGCCAGCAUACAGCUGAUUACAACUUGUGCUUUAAUCAGGUUAAUGUACUGAGUUUUAGUAAACUGAACUGGUUUAAGAUUUGUUCUCAGAUUGCCUUUCUAAAACCUUAAUGCAGUUCAGUUUCUGCAUUCUAGAAAUACAACCUAUUGCCUCCUGUCUCACUAAGCAAGCACUUGAUUUGGCUUAUCCAUCCAUUAAUUUGUACUGCAGUUUGUAAGAAAUAACCUUAUUUAAUACCCUAAGUGGUAUUAAAUGAAAAAAAAGCAUUGAGUUUUUUUUUAUAUGUAAAAACCCAGUUGUAAGCGUCUGGUGUUCAGUAAUAUUUCUUUCACAGACUAUGUAGUACCACUUAUCAUUUUUGCUGUAAUACAGAUGCUGCAGUCACCAAUAUACAUCUCAGAAUAUCAGGCAAUAUGGCCUAGUGUUUGCUUGAAUGUGUUUCUGAUAAUGUAUUGUAUAUUCUAUAAUCAGUGUGUAAUACACUUAUUAACAAUGAAAAAAAUCCUUUAUAAUUUUUUGUAUUUUGCAUUAAGUGAAGACAACAAUGGCAAAACAAGGUAUAAUGUUACAGUAAAAUGAUUACAAAGGUAAGAUCAAGAUAUAAUCUCACUAAAUAGGGUAUGUUAAGAAAAUAUACAAUCAGAGUUAUUUCUGAGUAUUGAAAUAGAAAAUUACAAGGAAAUUAGGAUUUGCUUAAUAGAGCAGUUAAUUUAAGUGGAAUUCACUGUUUAAUUUGACAAAUUCAGAAAGCUACUCUGCUGGGGUUAAGAAUUGUUAUCUUACUUUGUAUUUUAAGCUUGGGCUAGUUUAUUUCAUUUCAUUUCUAAAAUUCUCAAUUUGUAUCAAAAUUACACUCUUCAGUUGCUGAUUUGUUACUUCUAUAAUAGUAAUUACCAGUUGGUGAAAUAUAUUAAACUCCAUUAAUGGGCUAGGCAAGGUAGGGCGACUGUUGUCUUUGUUAAAGUAUGUAGUAGUUAUCAUUUGAAGGGUGACUUGUAUUACUUUACAUUCCACAUUCUAAUAUGAGAUCAGUGCAGUCCCAUCUGUGUCAAAAACCUUAAUUGGACAACUCUGGUUCAUGACAAAUUUUAAAACAAUCAGGAACUACUGGGUCAUCAAGCUGAAGAAUGCAAUAUGAAAGAUAAAGGAAACCUGCCCUCCAUUUUAAAUUAGCCUGAGAAUAGGCAUAUUUUUAUUGCUUCAAAAGCUAUCAUUUUGCUUUCUGAGAGAAGUAAUGGAUUAGAUACAAGCAAUUGUAAAUGUACAGAAAUGACAUCAUUGAAGCAUUGUCAUGUACAUUAGAGCUGAAUGGACAAAGCUGCUUAAAAUAUUUACAAACAGCACUACAUUAUCAGGAUUUAUAAUAGGGACUAGAAUUAUUGUAGGGACUGAUGAUUGGGUAGUUUGCUAAAAAUAGUGUAGCUUGAUCAAAGUCAAUUUUUUUUCUUGUUUUUUUUGAAGUGUUAAAGCAGCGACUGGUCAAAUUACAUAGCUUAUCUCCCACAGUACCACAAGAACAAAAUCCCAUUUUGUUCGCAACAAGUGUGCUGGAGAGAAGGCUUGUCAUAGCUUUGGAUUUAUUGUUUAGUUGGAACAUUAUGAAAGUAACUUCUAACGGUUGAAAUCAGAUUGAGAUUUCAGCUGUUUUCUAAAAAGCUUAAAUGCUCCCAUAGUGCUCAGGGUUCCAACAAAAAUUACAACUGAAUAUUAUGAUGGGAUUUAUCCAAGUUAUCUUUUAUGCUGUGUGUAUUUGUACUUGCUUUUAGUGCAUCAAUAAAAUAUCAAAUCUACCUGCUACAGACAAUCCGGGGUUUGAACAAUCAAAUUUCCACCUCAUUUUUUGCAAUAUUAAUUUUCAGUAUAAUUUCCAUGCAAAAAUUAUUUGAGAGAAUACAUCUGUACUUAGAAUUAAUUGGUUGUUAGAAUGCCCAGCAAUUUAACUCUGUAUAAAUCCCCUGUGAGAUGGAAGGAGCUUUUAUCUGACAUUCU